AGCCAGGCGUCGAAUCUCGCGAGAUUAUCCUCCCGGCGUCCCUAGCGGGAGAACAUGAAGGCAGUGGCGGCCAUGUUAGUCUAGGCCCUUGACGGCGAACGCAGGCAGGAAUCCAGGGAGGAAGGGAGGACCCGGGGCCCCGCAAUCCGCAUCCAUCCGGCCCGGGAGACACCAUGAGCGGGGGCACUCCGUACAUCGGCAGCAAGAUCAGCCUGAUCUCCAAGGCUGAGAUCCGAUAUGAGGGCAUUCUGUACACCAUCGACACCGAGAACUCCACCGUGGCCCUGGCCAAGGUUCGUUCAUUUGGAACAGAGGAUCGACCAACAGAGCGACCUAUACCUCCUCGCGAUGAAAUUUUUGAAUAUAUCAUAUUUCGUGGGAGUGAUAUUAAGGACCUAACAGUUUGUGAGCCUCCAAAACCCCAAUGCUCGCUUCCUCAGGACCCAGCUAUUGUCCAGUCUUCACUAGGUUCCCCUUCAACUUCCUCAUUCCAGCCGGUGAGCUCUUAUGGGCCCUUUGGCAGAAUGCCGGCAUACAGCCAGUUCAGUCCCAGUCCUCUUGUUGGACAGCAGUUUGGUGCUGUGGGAGUUGGAAGCUCUCUGGCAUCAUUUGGCACAGAAACUACUAGCAGUGCUCCGUUACCACAAAGUAAUACUGUUGGGGCAUCCUUUGCACAAGAACCAAGGACCCUGAAAACUCAGAUAUCUCAAGGUCGUUCGAGUCCUUCAUUCGAUCCUUUGCGAAAGAGUCCUUCACUUGAGCAGAGCAUACAGGUAGCAUCUUCAACCCAUACUGCAGCUGCCACGGCAAGGAGUCCCGUUAGCUCCAGAUCACUCCCACUCACGACACAAAAGGCUCUUGAAAGUCCAGAACAAAGAAAAGCUGAUUCUCACCGGGGGGCAUUGAAACCUGACCCUGAACAGCUGAGGAAUGAUAGAGAUCCAAAUAGGAGACAGGCAGGACCAGGUGCUCCUCAGCCCAGGAGGGGACGUGGUGGACAUCGGGGUGGUCGUGGGAAGUUUGGCAUCAGAAGAGACGGGCCUAUGAAGUUUGAGAAAGAUUUUGACUUUGAAAGUGCAAACGCACAGUUCAAUAAGGAGGAAAUUGACAGAGAAUUUCACAACAAACUUAAGUUAAAAGAUGACAAACCAGAGAAACCAGUCAAUGGGGAGGAAAAAGCUGACUCUGGGGUAGACACACAGAACAGCGAAGGCAAUGCCGAGGAAGAAGAGGCAGUGGGGGUUGGUGCAACAAGCAGCUACUAUGACAAAACCAAAUCUUUUUUCGAUAAUAUCUCCUGUGAUGACAACAGAGAUCGAAGGCCAACAUGGGCAGAGGAAAGGCGACUAAAUGCAGAGACAUUUGGAGUUCCUCUGCGUUCUAACAGAGGGCGUGGAGGUUUCCGUAGCAGAGGCAACGGCAUGGGAUACCGAGGUGGAAGAGGUCGUGGUGAAAGAAGAGGAGCGCCUGGUUCUUUUGGAGGACCUCGUGGUUACAGAGGCGGUUACAGAAGCAGUCGCGGAGGCAGAGAAUUUGCAGAUUACGAAUACAGGAAGGACAACAAGGUGGCUGCCUAGUAAUGGCUGAUGCGGUGUGAAAAUGGAUUUUUAAUUUUUAAAUCUUUGCGGUCCAGAGAACUUGUUUUCAGUCUUUGUGAAGAAUGAAAUUAAUUUGCUGUACAUUUUUGUCACCAGCACUGGGAAUCAAACUGCCUGACUUAACUCCUUCAGUGUUGUGGGGUCCUACUUGCCUACAGCUUUCUGAUGGCGGGUGGGCCCUGCAUCACUAAAGGACAAAUAGAGCAGUUGUGUAUUUUGUUUCUUUUUUUGAAAACUGAAAAUGGCCAUUUUUGAUAAUAUUGAGCAUUAAACAUGUUUGCAAAAGAA